GUCCGUCCAUGUGGAAGGUGACAGACGGUGUGGGGGGCAGCCUGCAACCGACUAAUGCAGUCCCAGGUGGUGCACCACUGUCAUCGCCUGUGACACCAGUUCGCGGCUUCAGGAUCGGAUUGGGAGGUGAGGACGAAAACACCUUGCGGCAGCGCUUGAGGCAGCGUGCGAUGCGUGUUGCUGACGGUCUCCCUGUGGACUUGGAUGGUGGCGUGUUGGCAGGGUCUGAUGCCCCUGCUCCAAGGCCGGAGGCGGUCCACCAUGCCAGUCCCGCUGCCUCCGGUGCUUUCUCUCGAGGRGGUGCCACRGUCAGUGGACAACGGAGUCCUGCUGGGUCGGGGACAACGCAUGGCCAUCGAGGCGACGGGUCACUUCAGCACAUGCAGGAGGAUGCAGGUGACACUGCAUUGCCAUGCAAUGAGCAGACUACCCAGUCCUAUUACAUGCUGAACCACUUGAUCCGUGACAACGAGCGUAGUGCCUCGCCAGUUCAGCCUGUGCAUAACAACGACGUUGGAGCGAAUGGCCUGGGUGCCCAGGAAACGCCCCAGCAGCAGACACCUCCCAGUUGUGGUCGCAGCUCGGGUGCACGCACGGACACGCCAUCUCCUGUCCCUAGCGGAUUGCAGUCCGGGGCCGGGACUACGGCCUCGCAGUCGGGCGGGGGGGCGUCCACGCCUCCGGCCCCGGGCUCAUCAUCGCCCCCGCCGAAUACUAAGAGGUGGGGGGAUACGGAAACCGACUGGCUUUGUCGAUUCCGGAACGAGGUGAGGACGCUUAUGGGUGAAGAUACGGAGGUGUACGGACGUGCUCGGUUGAAGGCCGGGUUCUGGAAGAUAGUGGAGCAGCGGAUGCGGGAGAAGGGUUACAACCGUAGAGAUGAGCAGUGUAAGAAUAAGUUCAAUCCGAUAAUGGAAUACUAUAGGAGGCUGAAGGCGCACGAGAAGAGCUGGUACGACAUCAUCGACCCGGGCGAGAAGGACAAGGACUCCAUCGACCUGUCGAAUCUAAUGGAUUCCGGUGCAGACGAGGAACGUUUCGAAGAUGAAGAUGAUGCAGCCGACCAUGGAUCGGGGGCGGGAGGAGCAUCCGGCGAUCCGCCAGCUGGCGUCGGUGGAUCUACCUCUGGGUCGCAGGGCGCGGGCAUAGAGCCCACGCUGGGGAAACGCAAGCGAGGGUAUGUCAGUGCACGGGAAUCGAGUGUGCAGUCUGUGACGAUUGCCAUGCGUGCGCACACAGUUGCGUUGACGCGUUCCGACAAAGAGUGCACUGUGAUGCGGAUAGAAGCCAUGCGGGCUAUCGCGACACAGCAGGUGGAGGCUCGCCGGGAGCUGGUGCUACAGGAAAUCGCAUCUCGCGAGCGGAUUGCGGACAGGAUGGGGGAGAGGGUUGAGAGGGGUUACUCUGCUCUCGUGGAUGUCAUUCGCAGCUUGCGCAGCAGGAGGGGUAGCUCUAGGGAAUCACCGAGUAGCAGUGACUCCCGAUAGUGUGAGGGUUCUCGCAUGCAAUGCAGCAUUGCACAGC